AUGACCGAAAGACGACUUCAGUGCACUAGCAGGAGCUGUAGUGGUAUCGGUAAUUGUCUACUCCUAUGGAAAGUGUUCACUUGCUCUGUCCAAGACACAUGGCCUAUUUGGGUCAAUCAUCAUGGCCACGUUCGGGGUGUUUUUCCUUGCUCAGCAGCACCCAAGCCUCGAAUAACACUCGCUAUGAAGACGUUCCUAGCCGCGCAGGAUGAGAUAGGGAUACCACCGAGGCUCAUUAUGGUAAACCUGAAAAGGCAGGAGAAAAUGCACGUGACUAGCCGUGGGUGGCCAGACCUAAAGCAGAUUCGAAAUGCACUGAAGCGAAUUCGACGUGAGCAAGGAUCCAAAAACUCACGAAAAGCUAUACAGGAUUUGAGAAGGUUAUGCCUAAGUCGGGUCCGGGAGUGA